CAGAGGAGUCGAGUUUGUGAAGAUUCUGUGUGUAUUUUGCACUUAUAUGGGAUAGAAGAGUGGUUGGAUUUAUGAGAGAAGCAUGGCAGAGCCGCGGAUUAUCCAUCCGGUGCCAAUGGGGCCAGCGGGCCCGAAGAAAAAAAUGGAGAAAGUCCCCAAAACACUCCGAUUCGAGUUGACAAUACAGGAAUCCACGAACCUCUCGUGCUCGGAAUACUCCUGGCUAGAACUGCUGAAAAAAGCCGCGGAUAAUGAUGAAGAUAAGCUCAAGGAAUGCAUGGACCCUUUUGCUCUGCAAGAUCUUGAGGAACAGAAAAAACUUGAGAAUAUCGCCAGGUCCUUUGAAAGUCGAUAUGGGAAUAAAAUUUCCAAAAAGAAACGACAAGUCCAAAUCGAAGACUUCGUGGACCUGGAAGAUGGGUACGACGACACAGAUCCCUUUGUGGAUAAUUCUGAGGCAUAUGAUGAGCUUGUCCCAGCUACGCUGACCACUAAGCUUGGUGGAUUUUACAUCAAUACCGGAGUACUGGAUUUCCGGGAAGUCACUGGCGAUUCGGAUGGAGAGUUCCAGAGUCCGAAGAAAAAGAGGAAGAAGAAAAGGGUAAUUGCAUCUGAAUCUGAUUCUGAUAUAUCUGCAGCCAGUUCUAUUACCAAGAAAAAGAAACUAUUACUUAAGAAAAAACGGACUGAUGGUGAAGUCAUUAAGAAGAAACGGAAGAAGUUAGUGUUGAGUUCUGGUGAUGAAAAGCCAUUUGUGAAAAAGAAGAAGAUCUUGAAAGCAAAAGACAUGUCAGCCAAGAAGAACGGGCUGAAUGUUGCAGACCUCAUAAAGCAGCAGGUGGCCACACCAACUGAGAAGAAAGUGAUCACUAUCAACGGUGACAAUGCUACCACGGGCAUCAACAAGGGCAAUGACUCCAUAAACUCGACAAUAGAUGCCGUGAUCAGUCGGGCUGUAAUGGAAUCGCCUAUCGGCGAGGGGCGGGCUACACCAACGUCCACACCCACUCUGGCGCUUAAUCCGGAAAAUGCGCCAAACCCGUCGUCCGUUGUCACACCAAAUCCAGAAAGCGCACCGCCACUGCCGUCAGGAAUACCGGUGCCCCUGGAGAUGAUCAUACAUAACAUCAAGGAGUCGGCGCGAGCGUCUGCGACAACGAAAAAUAAAUUCUUUAAUUCGGCAGUCAACAGGAUGUUAUUAGUGAUAGAAAAAGAAUCACGCCAAUUGGUGUGUUCACAACGUUCAGGGAUCUACAACCACCUGGCAGCAUUUUUACCGUGCAGCAAAGACACUUUGUUAAAACGCGCCAAAAAACUCAGGUUAAACGAACAAGAUAAUAAAGUCAGGGAUCCGAUAAACAGGCUUAAAGAAGCCGUCAAUAAAGUGAUGCCAGAAUAUAUCGAGCAAUACACUCAGGAACGUAAAGCUGCUGCUCUAGCUAAAAAUUGUGAGAAAGGGGAAGGAAAAGAGGAAGGCGGUUCGUCCGACUCUGAUGAUGACAAUACAAAAGAGGGGAAAAAGAAAACAGCCGGUCCUCGCAAACACUUCAUAUGGACGGACAAUAUCCGUGAGCUGCUCUGUGAUGUCAUCCGAGUAAAAAUGAUGAGCUACGAGAUGUCAAAGAUGCGCACACAAUCGGCGGAGGAAUAUCUGAAGACUUUCCUGGGCACUGAGAUCAAACCGAUGUGGCCGAAAGGCUGGAUGCAGACGAGGAUGCUGUACAAAGAAAGUAAAUCUACUCAUGCUCAAUGGACUGUAAAUGCACAAAAGCCAAAGAAGAACAUGAUAAUAUCAGGCAAGAUUACGACGUCCGCCAGUAAUUCACCUACUCCUACGACUAAUACUUCAGUCGUUGCAGCUGGUGGUCAAAAACAGCCAACGAAAUCGCAGAAAACUACAGACAAUGGUCUAAAUAGUCUGAUGACGCUUUUAGAUUAUGCGGAGGUCGAACACGAAACUGGACAGAAAAUGGAGGAAACUGAUACCGCAGACGUUCUGUCGUCAUUCCUGGACAGUGAGGCAGCUAGUGAGAUGUUGAUGUGUAUUUCGGAUAGCCAUGUUCCAUUGACGGACAUUGAAGAAAAGGGGUCACAAAGUUCAGCUAGUGCAAAACAACCCAAAACAAUCGGUUCAAAUAGCCAAAGUACUAGUAAUAGCUUCUACGCCCAGUUCCAAAAGUUCACGGGAACAUACAAAGGAACUGAGGAAGCGCCGAAACCUCCAAGUGUUAAGACUGAACCUAAAAAGGUGGUUACGCCUGUUCAUGCUGGUCAAGGAAGAGACUUGAAAAUGCAGGAUGGACUAAUGGGGCAUAAAGCCAGUAGUGUUACCUCAGGGCAGACCAGCCUUGGUCGCGCUUUACCGCAUUCUAGUGGAAUUGGCCUAGAUCUAGAGCAGCUGUCUCCACCCCGUGCCCACUACCAAAGUCAUAGUGUACCAAGUACAAAGACACUCCAGCGUAGUCUAAGUACGGAAUCUAACACUAUUUUAGGGAAGAAAUCGCCUCAUAAUGUCUCACUUGGCUUGGGGAAUAAACCAAAACUCCCUGGCCAUGAUAGUUCUGUCAGAAAUUCUGGUGCUUCUAAUAUUCGACGUCAAACUAUUGAGCCGGUAAAACCAACUGCGACAAGCCCAUUAGGACUCUUUCCUGCUUCACCUCUGUCCGAGGUGCCUAAAGACAAUGUUGUAUCUUUAGCAGCGAUGUAUGCCAACGCACAAGCGAUGGCCUCCUUGGCCGGGAUGAACUCGCACCUCGCUGGCAUGGGCAGCCAUGCCAUGCAGCAACAAAAACCGCUACAUAAUAUCAUGGACUUCAAGUUACCGCAGAGCACAUCGGACUACGCGAGCAAGUCAUCUGAACACCUUCACCAGGACAGUAUUGGACUCUCUAAACAGCAUCAGCAGUUCUUACAUCAGGUGACAAGCCUAGCGCCAUCGCCAGCGCAUUUAAACAGCUCAGGAAGCUCCUCGCUGUCGUCUAAACCGACCAGUAGCUCCAUCUGGGGGUUGGGUACGCCCUCGCAGCCGCUAUACAGCACGCCAUCCUCAAGGUCAGGUUAUAAUAUUCCAUUAUCGAGGAUCUCGCCGACCAAUUCGAUCUCGACAGGGAUGCCUGCUGGUUACAAGAGCAUUAGCCUGCUCGCUGAGCAGCAGAAGGAUAGCUCCCUCAUCCAUCAGGGAUUGCAGAUUUCUAGAGCGAGUACAGAUCCAAUGCGAGGUGCCGGUAGCAGUUACACACACCACAGCCCUGGAAGCAGCAACCACAGUCCGCUUGGACCGGGUUCAGCCAGCCCUCACGGACACAGCCCAAAAGGCUUGUACCCUCCUCUAGCUCACAAUACUAGCCCUAGGCUCGCAAUGCCUACUUCACCCUUUACGGGCCAGUACCCGACAGACAAGAAGCAACCAAAGGGCAUGUUUUUAGAUAAGAGCCGUUCUCCACAUGGAUACUAGGAGCCUUGGUCUCGAAUCUACCCUUCAAGAGACAGACUACAGUAUUAAAGUGUAAAAUGAAGAUGGAUUGUUACGAGUGAUAGUGGUGACUGUUUGCAAGAAACAAGACCUUUUCGAAAUAGACUUCACUGAUUGACUGAAUUUAGGUUCUGAUGCAGUCUGUACACUGUGUCACCAAAAGGUUUCACUUAAGUUGUUUAUCUUGUCGAUUGCUCCACAAGUCAGAUGGUACCACUGAGGAAUACAUCUAAUACUAAUGAUGUUAGUUACCACAAUUGUCAAUCCAGGUUAAUUUCUGAUGUAUAUAGAUAGCUAAAUCACUGCCAGUCACCUUGACUUUGAUGUCUCUCACCAAGCAAUAGAGUAUAUUUGUAUAUUUCUUGCUGAGAGAUGAUUUGUGAUGAUGAUGACCAGAUGUUUUUCCAAAACAAAUGUGGAUAAUAACUAACAGUAAUUGCAAUACAUUCACAGGACACGUAAGGUAUUUAACAAAUCACACCACAUUUCAUCUGUGACUUUCAUUAAAAUGUGCUUGGUUUGGAAGAGUGAUUACAGCCUUAGCCAGUUGAUGGACAACUUAAUACUUUUGUUUUCGUCCAGAAUAUUUGACAGUGGAAAGAAUCGAAAAAUUGCCAAAGAAAACCUGGGGACAUUAGUGCACAUCCUGUCUUACAGCUAGGAUUUUACACCAAUUCAUAUUUGGCCAGUUGUACUGAGAGCGUAGUGAGGUCAGACUUGGGGAUCACGAUGGUUAGUUCUGAGCUGUGGGAGUUGGGGAUACUAUAACUUAUGUAAUAGAAUUCAGGAAAGUCAUGGUCUCUCUACUAGACAUCUAGUGUGUUGUUUGUACUUGCUUUUCUUUUGAACAUUGAUAUUUGCAUGCACCCUUUGUGUGGACGUUUUACCCCCAAAAAGUAGGCCUACAUUCUAUUCCCUGAUCAUGUUAUAAUUGGAUGUAUUAGUUACUUGUGGAUCAUCCUCAAAUUGUGUAUAUAAUGAACUUAUUUUGUAUUCAAUAUCAAUUAUUUCAAUAAAAACA